AUGGGCGACAAACGGGUUUACCCCGCCACAGUCAACGCCGAUCCGCUGCCUCUUUCAUCAGCAUCGGCCACACCAUCACCCAAUUUCUCCAGCGAGCAACCCAAGCCACCGAACCCGCCUCCCUCGCACCCCGUCCCCCCACCGGCCACCUACGUCGUCCAAUUCCCAAGGGAACAAAUACUCCGGUACCCCUCGCCGGAGAACGCCAGGAAAUUUCAAACCCUCGCGCGCCGCCGUAACCGCCGGAGCUGCUGCCGCCGCUGCUGCUGCUUUUCCCUCUGCCUCCUCCUUCUCCUCGCCGUCGCCGCCGCGAUCUCGGCCGGAUCUCUCUACCUCGUCUUCCGAUUCAGGUCCCCAAGGUACACGGUGACGGGCCUCGCGGCCAGGGGGUUGAACGUGACGUCCGCGGCGUCGAUGACGCCGGGAUUCGACGUCGCCAUCGGGGCGGAGAACCCUAACGGCAGGGUCGGGAUCUACUACCUGAGGGGAAGCUCCGUCAACGUCCUGUUUGACGGCGUGAGGCUGGGCGGCGGCGCCCUGCCGGUCUUCUUCCAGCCGCGGAGGAACGUGACGGCGCUGCGGACGGCGGUUACGGGAUCCCGCAUCGUUUUGGGUGGCGACGUUAGGACGGCGUUACGGGACGGGAAGAAUAGACGGCGGAUUCCGUUCGUGGUGAGAGUAAAGGCCCCCGUUAAAUUUAAGGUGGGGACCGUCAGGACCUGGGAAAUCACCGUUAAGGUCAAAUGCGACGUCGUCUUGGACUCACUUGAUGAGAAAGCACGUAUUUUGUCCAGGGAUUGUGAUUAUACUUUAUAG